AUGUCUGUUGACAAGACCGUCGUUCUCAUCACUGGUGCCAGCAGUGGCAUUGGUCUGGAGACUGUCAUUGCUUUGGCCAAGGCAUCUCCCAACUACCACGUUCUUCUCGGAUCGCGAUCCGUUGAAAAGGGCCAAAAGGUCGUUGAUGAGAUCGUUGUCGAGCACCCCUCGAUCAAGGACCAGAUUGAGCUCAUUCAGAUCGACGUUACCAAUAGGAAUUCGAUCGAGGCCGCCAAGGACCAGGUCGAGACCAAGUUUGGCAAGCUAGACGUGCUGGUCAACAAUGCCGGCAUCAUCGUCUACCGCCCCGAUGUCGACACCUUGACCAGCUUGCGCGAGCACUUUGAGACCAACACCUUUGGUACCGCCAUCUGCACCGAGGUCUUUGAGCCUCUCCUCAAAAAGUCCUCCGACCCCCGCCUCAUCCACGUCUCUUCCGACCAGGGCUCCAUCACUGGCCGCCUCGACAAGAGCGCCAAGAACUACAAGAUCCGCGGCGAUACGUACCGUAUGAGCAAGGCCGCCCUCAACAUGCUGGCUGCCUGCCACAAGGCCAACUACGAGGACUGGUGUAAGGUCUGCUCUUUCAACCCCGGUCUGUGUGUGACCAAUCUUACUGGCGAGGCUGGUCGCAAGAUGCGCAUCCAGUAUGGUGCUAGAGAUGCCAAGGACGCAGCCUACGCUCUGGUUGACACCAUCAUGGGCAAGAGAGACGACGACAUUGCGAAAUUCGGCAAGGAGUCGGGUAUUAUUGACCUUGACGGUGGCAUCCUGCCCUGGUAA